AAAGGAGCACGGCUGGAGUGGAACUCGGGACCGUCCGGACUGAUUUCCCCACCACCUUCCGGCUCUUUUUUUUUUUUUUUUUUUUCUCCCCUCCCCCAAUCCCACGCAAAACCGCCUCCAUGUCGCCCACUCGCACGUAAACGUGUCACGAUGCAGCGGCCGUAGCGCAAAGCCUCCCGGGAAGUGUAGUCUACAGGCUAUCACAGUCAUGUUCGCCGAGGAAUAACACGGUGUCGCCCGCCUCCCCCCCCCCUCCCCACCCCCGAAGGCGCACCGACAUCUCGCUUUUUCCAUGGACAACACGUCCAUCAUAACACAGGUUGCAAAUCCCAAAGAGGAGGAAAGCAUCUGCGCGAGCCAAGACAAAGUCUCCCAGUCCAACAGCAGCCUCAAGAAGCACCGCAGUCGGAGCAUUUUCAGCCCCUUCUUCUGCUGCUUUCGCAACUACAAUGACUACCACGUGGAACCGCCGCCCGCCAACAAUAAGACGCACGCCCUGCCGCCGCCGCCGCCUCCCGAGGAGAACGGCGCUCCUCCCAAGUGUGACCAGGUGCAGGUUGCCCCCAUCCCCAGUCCUCCAGCCAAGUUCCUCCUGCCCGAGGUCAGUAUCGCCGACUACGGCAGGAACUGCGUGGUGAUCGACCUGGACGAGACGCUCGUCCACAGCUCCUUCAAGCCCAUUAGCAACGCAGACUUCAUCGUUCCGGUGGAGAUUGAUGGAACUGUUCAUCAGGUGUACGUGCUGAAGAGGCCGCACGUGGACCAGUUCCUGCAGAGGAUGGGCGAGCUGUUCGAGUGUGUCCUGUUCACCGCUAGCUUAGCCAAGUACGCAGACCCCGUGGCGGACCUCCUGGACCAAUGGGGGGUGUUCCGCGCUCGUCUCUUCAGGGAAUCCUGUGUGUUCCACAGAGGAAACUACGUCAAAGACCUCAGCCGGCUGGGCCGAGAGCUCGGCAAGGUCAUCAUCGUCGACAACUCGCCUGCCUCCUACAUCUUCCACCCCGAGAACGCCGGUGUCCGGGCUCUCCCUUAGACAUAGGAUGAGAAUCUCGGUCAUCUGGUAGGGGCUCAGUGUUGAGGCGCUGCUCCUCCACAUUGAGAGGAGCCAGAUGAAGUGGCUGGGGCAUCUGAUCCGGAUGCCUCCCGGGUGCCUACCUGGUGAGGUGUUCCGGGCACGUCCCACCGGAAAGAGACCCCGGGGAUGACCCCGGACACUGGAUAGACAAUGUCUCUCGGCUGGCCUGGGAAUGCUUCGGGGUCCCUCCGGAAGAGCUGGAAGAAGUGGCUGGGGAAAGGGAAGUCUGAGUAUCCCUCCUGAAGCUACUUCCCCCGUGACCCAACCUGGAGAAGUGGUAGAAGAUGGAUGGAUGGAUUCAGGAUAGAGAUGUGGUUUGAAAGGCAGGGUUAGAUAGCGAUUCUAGCCUAAGAGUCCACUUUCUCUCCCAUAGGGAUAGGGUGAGAAGCUCAGUUAUCCGGGAGGGGCUCAGUGUCGAGCCGCUGCUCCUCCGCAUUGAGAGGAGCCGGAUGAGGUGGCUGGGGCAUCUGAUCCGGAUGCCUCCCGGACGCCUACCUGGUGAGGUGUUACUGGCACGUCCCACUGGAAAGAGACCCCGGGGACGACCCAGGACACGCUGGAGAGACUACGGCUGGUUCGGGAACGCCUCGGGAUCCCUCUGGAAUAGCCGGAAGAAGUGGCUGGGGAAAGGGAAGUCUGGGUAUCCCUGCUGAAGCUACUUCCCCCGUGACCCGACACAGAAAAGCAGUAGAAAAUGGAUGGAUGGAUGGAUCUGUCGUGACUGAUGCAAAUAGCAGAAAGCGGCCGUUGAAUCGUUUCGGUUCCGUGAGUUAACUGAAGUGUUUUUGUUUCUUUUCUUCUUGGUGGCGGGGUUGCGGGAUCGGGUGGGGCUC